UGAUGUUUUGUGUUUUUUAAAAAUGUCUUUCUUCCCAAGUACGGGAGUCAUUCGAGAGUGCUUUAUGAUAAAACGUUCACAAAAUAAAAAAGUUUAUACCAGAGUAAAUUAUAAAAAGAGGUGGUUUCUUUUAACUAAAAAGUUUCUUAUCUAUUAUGACGAUUGUGACGAAGCAAAGCGGAAAGAAAGGGGUAGGGUCGACUUGGAAACUGUCCAUACCGUGGAACCGAUUGAACAUUUCGGUAGGGACGAGAUCAGCAGCCAAGGAAAUCUCUGGCCCUUCCUAGUGGGGUAUCAUCAAUCCAACAAUGAUUAUUCGCUUUUCCUACUGGCCUUCACGGACUCUGAUCGCAUCGAUUGGAUCCUAGACAUCCGAAAAGUUUGUGCCUGUAACAGAAACGUAAAAUUUUACUUCCACCCCUCUCCGUGGUCGGGCAAGGAGUGGAGUUGCUGCAAAAACAACGUGAGACUCUCGGAAGGGUGCCGAGCGAGCGGAUAUUGGGCGCAGAUCCAAGUAAACAAUUAUCAGUCGUCGGAGACCAACAGCAACAAGGAGAAUUCCUUUAACAGUACUCAGCCAAGCCCUACGAUGCCUGGCGGGGGGACACCUGGUACCCCAUCCUCAAAACAAAAAGAAAAGGCUGUGAUGAGGCCCAAAGUUGUAGUGGCUUUGUACAAAUAUGAGGCUACGGAAAGCAGUGAUUUAUCAUUAGAGAAAAACCAGGAAUAUGAGGUCAUCGACGAUUCCCAAGAGCACUGGUGGAAAGUAAAAGACUCAAAAGGCAAUAUCGGAUUUAUACCCAGUAACUACGUCAAAGAGAAGGAGUUGCUAGGUCUGCAGCAGUACGAGUGGUAUGUGAACGAUAUGUCACGACAAAGAUCUGAGUCUUUACUUAAACAAGAAGAUAAAGAAGGCUGCUUUGUAGUAAGAAAUUCUUCUACUAAGGGAUUAUAUACCCUAUCGCUUUACACAAAAAUACCUCAUCCGCACGUGAAGCACUAUCACAUAAAACAAAAUUCGAGAGGGGAAUUCUUCCUGUCCGAGAAGCAUUGCUGCAACUCUAUCCCCGAUUUAAUAAAUUAUCACAAGCACAACAGCGGCGGUCUGGCUUCUCGUCUAAAAACUAGUCCCUGCGAUAGGCCCGCCCCUGCAACGGCCGGAUUAAGCCACGAUAAGUGGGAAAUCGACCACACCGAAUUGAUGCUGUUAGAAGAAUUAGGAUCUGGACAAUUCGGCGUGGUAAGGCGAGGGAAGUGGCGGGGAUCAAUUGACGUAGCCGUCAAAAUGAUGAAAGAAGGCACCAUGUCUGAAGAUGAUUUCAUCGAAGAGGCCAAAGUCAUGACAAAACUGCAACAUACCAACUUGGUUCAGCUCUACGGAGUGUGUAGUAAAAACAGACCCAUUUUUAUUGUGACUGAAUAUAUGAGGUACGGGUCGCUUUUGAAUCAUCUGAGAAGACACGAGCAGUCUCUAAGUAGUAAUCAGGGGCUUCUGCUGGACAUGUGCAUACAAGUUUGCAAAGGUAUGGCAUAUUUGGAAAGACACAACUACAUCCACCGAGAUUUGGCUGCCAGAAAUUGUUUGGUCGGUACGGAAAACGUAGUAAAAGUCGCGGAUUUCGGAUUAGCCAGAUACGUAUUGGACGAUCAGUACACGUCAUCCGGUGGUUCGAAAUUUCCCAUCAAAUGGGCACCACCCGAAGUUCUCAACUACACAAGAUUCUCUUCUAAAUCCGACGUUUGGGCUUACGGUGUUUUAAUGUGGGAAGUGUUUACGUGUGGGAAAAUGCCUUAUGGAAGAUUAAAAAAUACCGAGGUGGUGGAACGUGUGCAAAAGGGAAUGAUAUUAGAGAAACCAAAAGCUUGUUAUAAGGAAGUAUAUGAUGUUAUGAGAAAGUGCUGGAGUCACCUGCCGGAGAACCGGCCAUCGUUCAGAGUGCUAAAAGAAACAUUACACAAUGUCUCUUCAGUCAUCCUGGUUGAUUGACUGGCUAAGCUGGUAUGCGAUACGGUGUCGCGCAGUUCCUCAUCUUCUGCAUCGACAAGUGACCUGUGCUGUAGUAAUUACGAACAGACUUGGAUAAGUGUCUGCCAAACACUUUGCAGGGAAGCUAAAAAGGCGCAGUCGGAAAACUAGCACGGAGAGGGUGAUAGACCGUGGACCGGUUUGGCACACAACUCGAGUACAAUAACUUUAGAUGAAAAUGUACAGUAUGUUUCCGUGGACGGCUUCCCUAAAUGUAAACUUGACCAUUUUUAAAGCUAAGUAAACUAGAGUCAAGAUUUUUGUAAGUAUUUUUUUUUCUUUGUUAUUAAUCAAAAUAGGUACGUUAUAGGACGCGCGGAAUCCUUUUUUCAGACACUGAAAAAAAUAACAUUAACGGCGAUUGUUUUCCGAAAAAGAAUAUAUUUUGAUGUACUCGUUGUCUCUCUAAUUUUGAUACUGAAAUCUGUCUUUCUUUCGAAUUACCUAGUUGUGUUGUUCUUCCAGCGAUAAAAAUCUUUGAGAACGUCUUGAAAAGUGCCAAAUUUUUUUGUGUGUAAUACGUCGCAAUGUGCGCUGUCAUUGGUCGAACUUUAUAGGUAAAAAAUCUAUGAUAUUAAUGUAGCUUAAUUCCUUUAAUGUUAUUUUUUCAACUUAUUUGUAAUAGUUGUGGUCAGUUUGUUGCAAAUAAGAAUACCUAUGUGUUAGUAAAAAAAAUAAUUAGAAUAUUUGGGUUACUCGACAGAAAAUUAUAUUUGAAAAUGGCUCAUUAUUCAUUCGUCCAUAUUAUUCAGGAAAUGACGUGUAACUUGCAACUUGUGAGGUGAAUAUUUCACGCUUCGAUGUUUAAAUUACGAUCGGCACGUUACUCCACUAUUACGAUUAAUAUAAACGGUACGAUGUUUGAAAAAAUUGAAAGUCGAACAAGUUCUACAGCAGAUCUAGCUUGCGAAAUUUAUGUUACAGUUUGCCUCGAACUGUUCAGGCAAACUUUUAUUUGGCGAUGGAGUUCUUGAAAAUAAGAAAAAUGUUGGGAAUUGUUUAGUUCUCAAGAUACUGGGUGUUGUUUUUUGAAAUAUAUUUAUAUUCGGCGGCCGAAAUUAUAAAGAGUGACUAAUACAUAAUAUAA